GUUCAUUUAACAGUCACUCUCGAGUCUAAAACACUCCAUCUUCAAUUCUUUUCUUCGUCAUCUUCAUCUUCAUCGUUACACUCAGAUUUGAUAUUCGAAACAUACUCUUACACGCAGAGUGUGCGACAAUCAAAGCAUAUCUUUACGACUGUCCCCUGUAAUAAAUAUAUGUAUAUAGAUAGGUAAAAUGGCUGAUUUGGGUUGUAACUUCCUCGACUCUCGAUCUUUCAACUCGUUGUCUCUCUUCAUUCCAUGCGUUUCACCCCCAAAAUCACCCUUCUCAUCUCUUCCAACGCACCCUUUUGAUCUCCCUACAAGAAGAGGAAGAAGAAAACCGCCUCGUCUUACCUUGCUCUGCAAACCAGAUUCGCCGUCUCGCUCGUCGCCGGACUUGGAGAUUGUAUCAGCCUCUGAGUAUUCUGACGGUAGCAUUGUGUUCCACUUCGGUGAGAAGAGCAAGGUUGAAGGAAAUGCUGAAAUCGAGGAAACCAAUAUUGAGCUUGGAAGGUUUGCAAGUGAAAGUACAGAAAAUUCUCAUGGUGUGAAGGUUUUGGUCGGAGAGCAGCGUGGGCAGGUUAUGGUUAAAGAAAUAGGUAGAGAAGUGAGAAGAGGUAGGGAAAGUGAGACGGCUGGUAUUGCAAUGACCACAGAAAAUACUGUUGUUAAUGAAAUCCCCAUGAUCAUAGAUAAAAUUGACACAGGAGAGGAACCAGCUGAAAUGGGGCUGGAAGAUUCUCAAGAAAUAGAAUUGGAGAUUUAUCAAGAAAUUCCAAUUGAAAUGUGUGUCUCUUCUUGCUCUGAAGCUGAACAUGUCUCUGAUAUCAAGGACGGGGAUUCUUCUGAGUGUGGAUUUUUUCCUGACAUUGAAAAAGGUUCGCACCCAGUGGAAGGUUCUAUAGAGAAUGAUGUGCAAGAGAUUUCAGGUCCAGCUAGAGCUCCCCAGCUGGACAGAAAUAGUAAUGUUGAAGAGACUGUUGCAUCUGCAGAAGCCCUUCAAGAGAGGAUUAAAGAUGAUGCCAUCCCUUCAUCAACUACUUUGCAGGGCACCUCUGUUUUUGAAGUAACCAGCAGCUCUCGUUCUGAGGAAAUUAGCAGGAGUGAUGGUGCUGAAUUUAACCAUGUGCCUAAAGAUGCUGAGAUCAAUGCAAUGGAGGCUGAGAUUCGGUACAAGAGUGAUGGAAUUAUUGGUGAAGGUGAUGCAACAGGUGCCAUGCCCAUGUCCAAUUCGGUGGAGUCUGGACAAAUUCUUGAUGAGAAAACCAAUCAUGACACACUGGAAGAACAUACUGGCAAGAAUGAAAAUGAAAACUUAACAAAGGUCCAUGAUAGUGCUCCUACACUGGCAUUGGAAGGUGGAAGAACUCCCAAUAAUGUGAAAAACCAUGAUUUUGCUGAAGUAUCAAACCUUGGAGCCAGAGAGUCAGAAUCGACUGAUGCUUCUGUGAAGAGGGAGGAAAUCUCAGCAAUGGGAUAUAUCCUAUUAUCUGGUGCUUCCUUAUUGCCAGACCCUGCCAAGGCAUUGACAGGUGGUGAGGAUGCUUAUUUUAUUGCUGGGCAGAACUGGUUGGGUGUGGCUGAUGGAGUUGGUCAGUGGUCACUGGAAGGGAUUAAUGCAGGAAUUUAUGCCCGUGAACUGAUGGAGAACUGUGAAAAGAUUCUCUCAGAUUUUAGUAGCAAUCUGCUAACUGAUCCUAAGGAAGUUCUCUCUCGAAGUGCUCUUGAGUCAAAAUCUCCUGGAUCAUCAACAAUUUUGGUGGCUUACUUUGAUGGUCAGGCUCUUCAUGCGGCUAAUAUUGGAGACUCGGGAUUUAUCGUUGUAAGAAAUGGUGCUGUUUAUAAAAAGUCCUCCCCGAGUUCUUACGAGUUCAACUUUCCUUACCAAAUUGAAUAUGGUACUGAUCCCUCCGAACUUGUUGAGAUGUACAAAAUUGAUUUGGACGAAGGAGAUGUGAUUGUAGCUGCAACUGAUGGCCUUUUCGACAAUCUUUAUGAUCAAGAAAUAGCUUCAAUAGUCUCCAAGUCAUUAGAAAACAAUUUAAAACCCGAGGAAAUAGCAGAAAUCCUGGCCGAAAGAGCACAAGAGAUAGGGAGCUCAGAAACUUGUAGAAGUCCAUUUGCAGAUGCAGCCCAGGCAGCUGGAUACAUGGGAUACACGGGUGGCAAGCUCGACGACGUGACUGUUAUUGUCUCUUUGGUUCAGAAAAGAUCCAGCUCUUGGAAUUGAUUCACUUGGUCCGAUUUCUUCUUGUUCUUCUAGUUUCUAGUAAACAGCAAGCAUUUUGUCUCUGUUUUGAUUUCACGGGCAAUAAUCCUUUAUGUUUGUUGAAUGCAGCCAGUACUGGUGAUCUAUUCAUUUGUGUUCUCAUAUUGUCUUGUUAUUAUGCAGUUCUUUCUGUAUUUUCUCAGUAACCCUAAUUGAAUUUGGCAAUUAGAUGAUUCAUGAAGCUUACUCUUUGUGAA